UUUUUUUUUGCGAAACUCAAGGGCCAACGAUCGACCGGUGCCAGCAAGCAUGAGUAGUAAACUUUCGGUGUCAAGCGUGCGGGGCCUUGUAAAAGAUGUCCUCGCUGAAGCCAAUGGCGAGAAGAAGCGGAACUUUGUCGAGACCAUCGAAUUACAGAUUGGUCUGAAGAACUACGACCCUCAGAGGGAUAAGCGUUUCAGCGGAACUGUCAAGCUCCCCAACGUUCCCCGUCCCAGGAUGUCCAUUUGCAUUCUCGCUGAUGCCGCCGACAUUGAUCGUGCUAAGCAGAUUGAGCUCGAGUACAUGUCCGUUGAUGAUUUGAAAAAGCUUAACAAAAACAAGAAGCUUGUAAAGAAGCUCGCCAAGAAGUACGAUGCUUUCUUGGCUUCUGAGACUCUUAUCAAGCAAAUCCCUCGUCUCUUGGGUCCCGGUUUGUCCAAGGCUGGAAAAUUCCCUACACCGGUGUCGCAUGCCGAAGACCUUAACAACAAGCUGACGGAGGUCCGCUCUACCAUCAAGUUCCAGCUCAAGAAGGUUCUGUGUUUGGGCGUCGCCAUCGGCCAUAUCCAAAUGACCGAGGACCAAGUCCUCGCCAACGUCAUGCUCAGCAUCAACUUCUUGGUGUCCCUUCUCAAGAAGAACUGGCAGAACGUCAAGUCCCUCCACAUCAAGACCACCAUGGGCAAGCCUGUUCGUGUCUUCUAAUAAGGGAAACGAACGUGGAUUUUGAUUUUUUCUGAGAUGGGUGGGUGGUAAUGGAUACGAGAAACCUGUGCGGCUGUAAUGCAUUCCAUGAAGCCCCGCACGCUUGUACCAACGGCUUUCAGGGGAGGAAGGUCGAUUGGGAGCUGAUAUGGUUGC